GGAACCUUAACGCUACCUGCUGCAUUUUACGUGCUAACAACGCGUUUAGUCAACCUCCACUUUAUAUCUAUUUUCGUGCAUUUCGCAUCAUUCACACCGCGCCCUUCACACUGCGCCAUUCCGCCGUCCAUUCCGCCGUCCAUUCCUGGGGAUAGAGGAACAACCCUCGACUUAUUAGUGGAAUGGAGGCCCUCUUGGAUUCGGUAAGAGGUAAUGUGAUAUGCAGUUCUGUCCAAGAUGUACAAGACCGACUCCACCAUCUCCUCGCCUCCAGAGCGUCUGAUACGCGCGCGAAACAUGUCUCAUUCACAUUCGAGCUUCGUCAUAAUGUCGUUUUCCAUCUGAAUGCAGACGCCGAAAAUGGCCAUGUCGACCCUAUCGAACAGCCUCAGCAGCAACAGAUCACUAGAUCCGUUAGCGCCUUUGAAACCGUACAGAACCAACCUACCGACGACCCUGUUCUCCAGCGCGCCGUCGCGAAGCAUAUAGUUGGUGCGCUGGGAACUGUAGAUAAUAGUUCGUGGACGGUACGAAAGGUUUCGCGGGAUGCGCAAGGUUGGACAUUCACGUACAUCUGCAAAGACUCGCUACAAGCUUGGAACCGCGCGAAUGCGAAGAACGCCGAGAAACAUGUAAUUGGCAGCCAUAGCGGGCCAGGUAGCCUGGAUCCGGUUAAUGCCUCUCGCCCUGCUUUUGACUGUCGCGGAACCCUCACGAUCGCCUUUUCGAAAUCCUCUAGAGGCGUCGUCAUUAAAUACAGCCAUAUACCUAUACACAAGACCGUCGCGCAGUUGAUAGAUCUUAUAGUACCCUUGCUACCACCCCCGCCCGUCAAAAAUGGCAUCACAGGAAGCGAACGAACACCGAGGGCUAAGCGACCCCCACCAGCAGAAGGUGGAGAAGGGAGCCGUAAGAAACGUUCAAGAAAGAAGGAUAAAGCUCCGGAAGCAUCGAUGGGAGGUGGUCUUACUCUGGAGAACGGUCAACCCAGCGAGAAUAACGGAGAGUCUCAAAGUACGGGCCAGAACGAUGAACAUAUCAUAUCUUUUGCGGAGAUUCCUCCAGAUGAAGCGGAACGCCGUAGACAGACGGCGAUGGAUCUUCUCCGGGGAAGAAACGUCGAACCUGCGACACUGUCCGAAGAGCAAUUUAAUAUAUUCGCAAAUCAAGCACCGGCUCUACAGGCUAUGUCAUUAGAUAUGCUGGCCGAGCAUGGCGCUGCGAAGUUGAGAAUCGUCCAUCCAGGUGAUGAAGAUGCCAAUUCCACUCUCAUAGAAGGGCAAUCUACCAGUACAACCCCUGCCGCCGGAUCCGGCCAGCAGUCUACCCUGGCGAUAAACGAGACGCCAACGAAGAAGAAGCGUGCCCGAAGAAAAAAGUCUGAAGGUGUAGCAGCCGAUGCUUCCAUUGGUGGUGGUGCGGUAGUGCCAGUACAAGAAAAUGGCGAAGUUGGAACGACUACUUCUGCUCUAAAACCGAAAGCCAAGAAGACACGCGGGAGUUGUGAGACUUGCAGGGGCAGGAUGAUCAAGUGCACAAAGGAACAUCCUAGUUGUUCUGUCUGUACUGAAGCUGGGAUAGAAUGCAUUUAUUUACCACCGAAGCCACGUCGAAAGAGAUCGGGGAUUACUGGUGAAGUGGUUGAGAAUGAAGACUCUGAGUUACCCGGCGAGAGGGGAGAAUUCCAGUCCGAAAUUCAACUUCAAGCACCAGCUCCAGCAUCAGUACCAAUAUCAACAACACAAAUGUCAGUGCAACACCAAGUACCUACUACGUCACCACCGGUGGCAGAUCUCAAUAACGAGGAGUUCGUCCCGGAUCCGAACAUAUUGUCAGGGCCCAUGGAACAUCAUGUUGAGCAUCCCGUUGAACAUCCCGUUGAACAUCCCGUGGAGUAUCCCGUGGAGUAUCCUCCGGUAACCACACAAACUCCCGUACAACCUUCAGCAACACAAUACUAUCAGAAUCAUCACAGUGGCCUCACAUUUCCUCAGCGCUCGCAGCCCUCGAUGGGGCAGGCAGCAACGCCAGCAUUAACGUUCCCGGAAUCUCAAGCUCGUGAGACUCAAUCCGAGUCUCCAAAUUUAACCUUUUCCGCCCCGUCCCAUCAGACUGAGAACUCUUCUGGCUUAACCCUACCCCGAAACGUCUCGGCAACAAGGCAGAAGGGACAAAACACUCCUAGAUCUAACCGACGUAGUCUCCCUACUACCCAAAAUAAACAAACGCCAAUACCGACACCAGUGCCAACACCGACCAUACCGCAAUAUACUUCCAACUGGAAUUCAUCAUCUGCAACAGGACACACUACUACAACGUCGCCGGUAUUAACCCAACAGCAGACAUCCGGACGAUCGAAGUCACGUAAGUCCGACAUGGGAGCGAGGCAGCAAACACAUGACAAUAUGGGACAACUGCCGGCCGUAUCACAGGUUGUAGCCCAAAGUCAGAGGCAACCGUCGCCUGCGAGAGGGUCGCCCUACCAAGCCGCAGCUCGAGCAAAGUCUCGGCAAGGUCAAAGAUCACAAACCAGUACUCCUGUUGCGCCAAUAUCUCGCCCUCCUCCCCAGGCUCCCCAGGCUCCCCAGGCUGCUGUUAGUGCAUCAUAUGAUACGACUUCUUCGGCUUCAAUUGCGAGUUACGACCCUUAUCCGCGAUAUGACAACACUUCCAAUAGUCAAUAUGAGAAUCUAAAUAACGAUCAAACCUCGACCCGCAUCGCGUAUGAGCCAGGUUCAUAUCAAGCCCAUACAGCUGCUAUGACUUCCGCGUCCUACUCAUCGACGCCGGCGUAUGAUUAUUCUCGGACAACAAGCUCGUCUAACCCUCUUUCGCAAGCCCUCAACACGUCGUCUGCAUAUAAUAAUACCAGCGGUACUCCCGCGCCUCAAUGGCGUACCUCGCAAAGUCGAAGUAGCCAGGCGCACGCCCAACCACAAUCCAACAACGCUUAUCCCAUGACCUCAGCUUCCGCAUCUACCUCCAACGGCUACGGCGCAACGUCUACCGAGCUGCGAAACUCCCAUCAGAACACUUCUUACGCCCAAUCCCAGCCCCAGUCUUACAAUUCCUACUCGACACAGCAGCAGCCGAGCACGAACCAACAAGCCCAGCAGACCCAGCAGAACUGGUACAGGUUCGCUGCCAAUAAUAAUAACAAUAAUAAUACCCAUAGUAAUAAUAACGGCGGUGCCAGCACGAGCCACCAGAGUGCUUACAAUACCAGAAGCAGCGGCUACGGCGGCACCGCGAGCUCGAACCAGUCUACCGCCGCGUAUAGCAGCCACAGGCCGCCGAAUGCGUCGAAUUACUCCGGGCAUAAUAACAACAAUAACUACGCGUCCGCAUCGGAUGAUCAGAGUAUGUACGAGCUGCUGAGAGUUAGCGGCUCUACGCACUAAGUAGGGUGGGAUGUGUGGCCUUACCGGUGUUAUGUUAUAUUACUACGAUACUACUACUAUCAUUCGGAAGAACUGUGAUGUUUGUUCGUUUUAUUAGUACACGUCGACUUUUUUACAUGUGACGAAAACGGUUGCGAGGCGGGAGGAUUUGUGUGUAUUUUUCGUACAGGUUGAGAAUAUACGUGAUAAUGGGUUAUCAUAACUCCCCUGACCAAAACAAGAAAAGAAAAGGAACGUUGUGUUUGUUUAUCACAUGGGUUACUCGAGAUAGGUUAGGCACCUCUUACCUAAGGAGGUAGUCAGCUUCGAUGCUGUGUCGAAAUGCUGGCCUUCAGACGCUGAUGAGGUUAGGGACCUACGCCGUGCAUUGUGGACGUGCUCUGGCUUGUUUGAGUUGUGGAGAGAGGGUAGCUAGCUAGCUAUCAAUGAUACUUACCAUCUGCAUCGCUUGCGCUUUCAAAC